AUGGGGUAUUUUGGGCUCUCCCCGCCGCUCGGGGCCGGUAUUCGCCCAGCCCUCGGCCUCGGCGCUGACCGCGGCCGCCGCCUCUCUUCCACAGUGGGGAACAUCCCGUACGAAGCCACAGAGGAGCAGCUGAAGGACAUCUUCUCAGAGGUUGGGCCUGUGGUCAGCUUUAGGCUGGUGUAUGACAGGGAGACAGGAAAGCCGAAGGGCUAUGGCUUCUGCGAGUACCAAGACCAGGAGACGGCCCUCAGUGCCAUGCGGAACCUGAACGGGCGAGAGUUCAGUGGGAGGGCCCUGCGUGUCGACAAUGCGGCCAGCGAGAAGAACAAAGAGGAGCUGAAGAGCUUGGGCACAGGUGCACCCAUCAUAGAGUCACCUUAUGGGGACCCUGUCAAUCCUGAAGAUGCCCCCGAGUCCAUCAGCCGGGCAGUAGCCAGCCUGCCGCCCGAGCAGAUGUUUGAGCUGAUGAAGCAGAUGAAGCUGUGUGUCCAGAACAGCCCCCAGGAAGCCAGGAACAUGCUGCUUCAGAACCCCCAGCUGGCUUAUGCCUUGCUGCAGGCCCAGGUGGUCAUGAGGAUCGUCGACCCGGAGAUCGCACUGAAAAUCCUGCAUCGCCAGACCAGUGUUCCUCCUCUGAUCCCAGGCAACCAGCAGCCGGUGCCAGGGCCAGGGCCUGGACCGGGACCAGGGCCUGGGCCAGGGCCAAAUGCCCAGCUGAACCCGCAGAAUACCCCCUCAUCCCAGCCGCAGCCCAUAGGUGGGAUGCACGUAAACGGCGCUCCUCCUCUGAUGCAGCCGCCCAUGCAGGGAGGAGUGCCGGCCCCGGGACAGAUGGCAGCCCCUGUGCAGGGCCCGGGCCCCGGCCCCAUGGCUCCAGGAGGUGGGAUGCAGCCGCAGGUUGGGAUGCCGGGUGGAGGGCCUGUCCCCUUGGAGCGCGGACAAGGCACGGUCUGUAUGGCCCAGCCCCGGAGCCGGAUUCCUUACGGUUCACACAUUGCAUGGCCACCCCGUCGAGCCGUGUGCCGGGGGAACCUGCAGCUCUCGCCCGUGGGACCUGCCAGGCCUGCGUCUAUCGAACGCGUUCAAGUGCCCAUGCCAGACCCGAGGGCCCCUAUGCAGCGUGGACCUCUACCUGCUAGUGGCCCGCCACCCCGAGGCCUUUUGGGAGAUGCCCCGAAUGACCCUCGCGGAGGGACCCUGCUCUCAGUCACUGGAGAAGUGGAGCCCAGAGGUUACCUUGGGCCGCCCCACCAGGGAGCCCCUAUGCACCAUAUGCCUGGUCAUGACAGCCGUGGCCCCCCCCAUGAGAUGAGGGGGGGACCCAUGGGAGAACCCCGACCACUGAUGGGAGAGCCGCGGGGGCCCUUGAUGGAUGCUCGAGUCGGAAGAGAUCCCCGAGGGCUGGAGCCACGAGGUUUGGAGCCGCGAGGGCUGGAGCCCCGGGUGAUGGAGGCGCGAGCCCUGGAGGCGCGAGGCCUGGAGCCACGGGUCCUGGAGCCACGAGUGCUGGAAGCCAGGGCCAUGGAGGCCAGAGUCAUGGAGCCCCGGGGCCUGGAGCCUCGAGGGCCUGGUCCCAACCCGCGUGGCCCCAUGCCUGGUGGGAUACAGGGCCCUGGGCCACUUAACAUGGGAGCAAGUGGCCCACAGGGGCCUCGCCAGGUUCCUAACAUGGCAGGGGCAGGCAUGCAGGGAGGAGGCAUUCCUGGGGCAGGGGUCCAAGGAGCUGGCCAGCCCGGAGGCUUUAGCCCUGGACAGAGCCAGGUCACCCCCCAGGAUCACGAGAAGGCCGCCCUGAUCAUGCAGGUUCUGCAGCUGACAGCAGACCAGAUCGCCAUGCUGCCCCCGGAGCAACGGCAGAGCAUCCUUAUUCUAAAGGAGCAAAUCCAGAAAUCCACGGGGGCACCCUGACAGCCCUGGCAGGCGCGUGGUGGAGAUGCCGGCGACUGGACAGUGGCAGCUGCUUCCCGUUGCCAUCUGAGCUGAUGCCGCGUAGUGGGAGAGUUUUCUCCCCUCCACACACGAUGUUUUGCCCUCCCAUUCAUCCUUUUUUCUGUGUGUAUAUUUUAUGGUGUUUGAAAUAAAGUGGGAGUAGGGUUUGAGUAAA